CCCUCGAUCGUCUCACUCCUCUUCUCUUCUUAGGUGAUCAAAUUCUCCGAUUUCCGAAGGAAAUCAACGAGUGAGUAAUUAAUUGUGUAGAGAAUAGAAAUGCCUUUUUGCGGAUCGAGCGAGGAUGGUACCAGGAUUUUCUACAGGAGAUUUGGCCACGGGAACACCAAAGUCCUCCUGAUCAUUGGAUUGGCAGCGACGCAUGAUUCGUGGGAACCCCAGAUCAAGGGGUUGACGGGCGCGAUUGAACCCAACGAUGAGGAGGAAGCAGCGUCUAUCGAUGGCGAUGGGAACUUGGAUGGCGAUGAUGAGGAGUCGCAGAGUGGGAUCGAGGUUUGCUGCUUCGACAAUCGUGGGGUGGGCGAGAGCUCAGUACCCAUGAAAAAAUCCCAAUACACAACCACUAUAAUGGCGAAAGAUGCACUUGCCCUAUUGGAUCAUCUAGUUUGGAAAAAGGCUCACGUGUUCGGUCAUUCAAUGGGUGCAAUGAUAGCUUGCAAAUUGGCAGCAUUAGCACCAGAGCGGAUUUGUUCAUUGGCUUUGCUCAAUGUCACUGGAGGUGGUUUUGAGUGCUUUCCAAAGAUUGAUCGACAAAUUAUAUCCCUUGCAUAUCGUUUUUUGAGAGCAAAAACUCCAGAGCAAAGAGCUACCGUUGAUUUGGAGACCCAUUACACGAAGGAAUAUCUUAACGAAUAUGUUGGAUUGCAUACGAGAAGAGAGAUCCUUUACCAAGAGUAUGUAAAAGCUAUAUCAUCAGCCGGGAUGCAAUCCAACUGUGGCUUUGAAGGCCAAGUCAAUGCUUGCUGGAAACAUAAAAUGACAGCAAAGGAGCUUGACACAAUUCGAUCAUCUCGGUUUCUCAUUUCAGUUAUCCAUGGCAGGUUGGUACUGGACAAGCUUACUCAUCUCUUCUUGUGCUAUUUUUCUCUUUUGAAAAGUAGAGAGAAACCUAAUUCCUAUGCAACGAUACAUGUUAGGUAUGAUAUUAUUGCUCAAUUAGAUCAUGCAAGGAAGCUGGCCAAGAUGCUUCAACCAUCUACCCGAAUGGUGGAACUUCAAGCUGGGCAUUUAGUGACACAUGAAAGGACAGAUGAGGUUAAUCAGGCUCUCAUGAAUCUAAUAAAUGCUUCAAAAUCCAAGCAGAAGCCUGAAGAAUGGUAUUAUAUUCCAGAAAGACAAACAGGUUUUCUCUCAAUCCGUGGCUUGUUAAGUAGUCUACUGAUAGUUUAUCGAUUGCUCGGGAAGUUGCAACUUGGCUUCCUUUAUGUCGUUGGAAUUUUCCUUAUGGGAUAUGAGCAUUUGAGGAACCUUUUCACAAGCACGAGAACUGUUAGAGUUGCAUCUUGCAAUUCUUAGUCCAGAAAUAGAACUGAAGCCCAUGGGGCAGGUAACAUAUAUGCUUCUUUUGGGACAGAACUAGUAUGUCGGAGAGCCUUGCCUUUAAACCGCAUAAAGGCCCCUGUAAUAGUGGGUCUGCAUGCCUGGAGGUUCCAUUCCUUGUGUCUAUUUUUUGUUUUUGUCAAGUUCUUGAUCACUUUGAUCUACUUACUAUGUUCUGGUCAUCAUAAUCAUCUAUAGUUCAACCAGAGAAGACUCUACAUGAACACCCAAACCUUGUGUUCGAGUGCAAGAAUAAUUUUUUCCCCUAUAGUUUAGAGGCAAUUCUUGAAUAAUCUUCUGUAUCUCUUUGUUGAGGGAAAUUAAAAACAUCCAGGAAGACAUUUUCUAUCA